AUGGCACACAAUUCACACAACUACGGCUGGCAAGGACGGACGUCGCAACCUUUCCACCCUCCCUCAAUGGCCAUGGACCAGCAAUCAUUUUCGCAGCCCCCAAUUUCCUCUGUCCCGGGGUAUCACGUUGGGUACAACCAACCUCCUCCCAGCACGCAGAGUUACUACCAACCCGGAAUCCCCGCCACGCAGUAUCUCUCCUCGCACCCAUCUAUGCCUCAAAGUCGGCACCACGCUCGCAGCUCUCCUGCCCCCUAUUCGUACCCCAGUAGUCAAGUAUCGAGCAGCCCGCCGACGAUACAAGACCCAGCAUUCACAUCUCCUCCCUCCUCCUACCUCCUCAACCAACCCGACUACUAUCUCGCCCAGAACUCCUCAUUUCCCUCCAACCCCAGCUCACUCGGCGUAAACCCGCCAGCACAAAACUUAAUCAACCCAGGAACAGUAUACUCUUCGGCCGAAUCCACACCCAACGCCGGCUCCUCAGAUCCCGAACAGCAAGUGCGCGUCAUCAGUUUCCGGCCCAAGCCCCAAUGCUGGGACCAUGGCUGCAACGGCCGCGAAUUCUCCACCUUCAGCAACCUCCUGCGCCACCAGCGCGAAAAGUCCGGCGUCGUCGCAAAGGCCGAAUGUCCCAGCUGCGGCGCCGUAUUUACUCGAACGACAGCUCGCAAUAUCCACGUCGCGCAGGGCAAAUGCAAAGGCGGAGGCCGCGAGACGUCGAUCGAGUAG